CCUGUUCCACAGCCAAUGGUUUGGGGGCUGUCAGUCGGUCAGGCUUAGCCGCACACUGCUGGGCAGUACUGUGUGUAGCUCUUACCCCAGGAGGCUGCUUUGGGUUGUACUGCCAUGGGCUCUGUCUGUCUGUCCCUCUACCUGUGUCUGGCCCUCCGGCUGCUCCACUGGGGCACCACCCUGGCAGGAAGCGCAGGACUCCCAGACAGCGACGAGUGCGCCGAGGGGACGGACGACUGCCACAUCGACGCCAUCUGCCAGAACACCCCGAAAUCCUACAAAUGUAUCUGCAAAGCGGGUUUCAAGGGAGAAGGAAAACAGUGCGAAGAUAUUGAUGAAUGCGACAAUGAUUACAAUGGGGGCUGCGUUCAUGAAUGUAUCAAUAUCCCUGGCAACUAUCGCUGCACGUGCUACGAUGGAUUCAUGUUGGCUCAUGAUGGGCACAACUGUCUGGAUGUUGACGAGUGUUUGGAUAACAAUGGGGGGUGUCAGCAAAUCUGUGUGAACACAAUGGGCAGCUAUGAGUGUCAGUGCAAGGAUGGAUUUUUCCUCAGCGAUAACCAACAUACUUGUAUUCAUCGCUCCAACGAAGGAAUGAACUGUAUGAACAAAGACCACGGCUGUGCGCACAUCUGCAGGGAGACCCCCAAAGUCGGCGUGGCCUGCGAGUGCCGCCCAGGGUUCGAACUGGCGAAGAAUCAGAGGGACUGCACAUUAACCUGCAAUUACGGGAACGGAGGCUGCCAGCACACGUGUGACGACACGGACACGGGCCCGGUGUGUGGCUGCCACCAGAAAUAUGCCCUCCACUCCGAUGGCAGAACUUGCAUUGAGAAAGAUGAGGCUGCAAUUGAGAUUUCUGAGUACAAUGCCACGUCAGUAGCUGAUGUGGACAAACGGGUGAAACGGAGACUCCUUAUGGUGUCAUCGUCUGGUUCAGCUGAGAUGACCACCCAAACCGACACGCGCCCCUUUCACCUCUGCUAUGGACCCAGGCACACCCAGUGCACCGAAACGUGUGCCGUCAAUAACGGAGGCUGCGACCGCACUUGCAAAGAUACGGCGACUGGAGUCCGCUGCAGCUGCCCGGUGGGAUUUACUCUGCAGCCGGAUGGGAAAACGUGCAAAGAUAUCGACGAGUGUUUGGUGAACAACGGCGGCUGUGACCAUUUCUGCCGGAACACGGUGGGGAGUUUCGAAUGCAGCUGCCAGAGAGGGUACAAGCUACUGACAGACGAGCGCAGCUGCCAAGACGUAGAUGAAUGUUCUUUCGAAAGGACCUGCGACCACAUCUGCAUCAACUACCCCGGGAGCUACGAGUGCCUGUGCCACAAGGGUUACACUCUAUACGGCAUGACCCACUGCGGAGACAUCAACGAAUGCAGCAUCAAUAACGGCAGCUGUGACUACGGGUGUGUAAAUACCCCGGGCAGCUACGAGUGCGUCUGCCCCCCGGGGAAGCGAUUGCACUGGAACAAGAAAGACUGUAUUGAGAUGGUGAAAUGCCUCCCUAACAGCAAGCCGCCCCCCAGAGCUCAGCUGAUCUGCAGCAAGGCCGGGGGCAUCGAUAGCUGCUUCCUCUCCUGCCCCUCCAACACUCUCUUUGUGCCAGAUUCCGAAAGCAGUUACACGCUGAGCUGCGGGGUUCCGGUCCAGCAGGGCAAGUCUGUCCAGAAGCGAAAUGCGACCGUUCCGUCGUCCUGUGGAGAUUCCCUGGGCCCGCCCAUAACGCAGAAAGCACGAUUUAAAAUAAAAGAUGCCAAGUGCCAUUUGAGGCCCAGAAGUAAAGAAAAGAUCAGAGAGUCUGGGCGGCAGUCACCGACAGAUAACUGCCACGUCACCUUUGUCAACCUCAAGUGCGACUCCUCGAAAAAGAAACGCCGCGGGCGCAAUUCCCCCGCCAAAGAAGUCUCGCACAUCACUGCGGAAUUUGAGCUGGAGAUCAAGAGGGAGGAGGUGACAGAUUCCUGUAACUCGGACUGUGUGCGGAGGAGAAUGGAGCAGAAGCUGCAGACGGCCAUCAAAACCCUGAGAAAGUCCAUCAACAAGCAGCAGUUUUAUAUCCAGUUCUCUGGGGCGGAAUAUGAAGUGGCCCAGAAACCAGCCAAGGUCUCCGAAGUGCAGGAACCGUGCAGCGCCGGGCAGAUUCUGCUGGAUGGGAAAUGCGUUUUCUGUCCGGCUGGUACAUUUUACAAUGGAGAACACAAUCAGUGCAUCCCCUGCUCCCCGGGCACAUACCAGGAUACCCGCGGGCAGCUAACGUGUGAACCUUGCCCGAGCAAUGAUGGAUCUGGUAUCGGUGGCGCUCGAAACGUGUCGGAGUGUGGAGGACAGUGUGCCCCCGGGUACUUUUCUCUGGAUGGGUUCAAACCCUGCCGAUCCUGCCCCCUGGGCACAUACCAGCCGGAGUCGGGCCGGACCCUGUGCUUUCCAUGCGGGGGGGGCCUGGUGACGAAAUAUGAAAGCGCCGUCUCAUUCCAAGACUGCGAGACGAAAGUUCAUUGUUCCCCGGGGCAUUACUACAAUUCCACCACCCACCGCUGCAUCAGGUGCCCCAUCGGAACGUACCAACCCGAGUUCGGCCUGAAUUUCUGUAUAACCUGCCCGGGCAACACCAGCACGGACUUCGACGGUUCCACCAAUGUGACGCAUUGCAAGAACCAGCACUGCGGAGGGGAAUUAGGAGACUACACGGGAUACAUCGAGUCGCCCAACUACCCCGGGGAUUACCCCGCCCACGUCGAGUGCAUCUGGAACAUAAACCCGCCCCCCAAGAGAAGGAUCCUCAUUGUGGUGCCGGAGAUAUUUCUUCCCAUCGAGGAUGAGUGCGGCGACGUCUUAGUGAUGAGGAAAAGCGCUUCCCCGGCCUCCAUAACGACGUACGAGACGUGUCAGACCUACGAGAGACCAAUCGCAUUCACGUCCCGCUCGCGGAAACUGUGGAUCCAGUUCAAAUCCAACGAGGGGAACAGCGGCAAGGGCUUCCAAGUGCCCUAUGUCACAUACGAUGAGGACUAUCAGCAGUUAAUAGAAGACAUCGUCCGCGACGGGAGGUUAUACGCUUCUGACAACCAUCAAGAGAUAUUAAAAGACAAGAAGCUGAUCAAGGCCCUAUUCAGCGUGCUAGCGCACCCUCAGAACUAUUUCAAGUACGCGGAGGAAUCCAAGAAGAUGUUUCCCAUGUCUUUUAUCAAACUGCUGAGGUCAAAAGUCUCGAGGUUUUUACGGCCUUACAAAUAGCUUUACCCCAUUGGCCCCCUCGCCCUCGCUUUUUUUUUUUCCCCACUUAUUUUCCCUCCAAGUAGAAAACUCUGUCCUAUUAACGGCAACGAUCCUGCACGUUGGAAGAAUACAGACAAACAAACCAUCGCCAUUGGACGGCACACAAACUGCCGGUAGAAAGGAAGUGACCAACUGCAUGGUGAACAUGGACCUCCCAAGCUGCAGGACAUUCAAAUAGCAUCGUGCCAGGAUCCAGUAUAGAAGGGCGGGAAUCCAUUCUAGGGAUCUGCAUGAAAUACCCCCGAUCAUCGGUUUCUUCUCUAAAUCAGCUGAUUCAGUGAAUUCCCCCAGAAUCCCUCUCAUGUCAUUGGCACAUUCCCCCCCGAGCCUGGGAUUAUGAUUGGUACCUGCACAGGGAAUGGGAUUCUGAGGAAGGAGCGCCAGUCUGAGCCGUUUUGGGCCAAUCUCUGUUAUUGGUACUUUACAGAUUUGUGCCGGAAGCAACGAUUGGACGACUCCCGAUUGCUUCGAAAUUUCUUCUGAGCCUCUGGGAUCGACACAAAUUCACCCUAUUUACUUUUUCAUAGUGGAACAUUCCUGAUUGGUCCUUCUGCUAUGCCCCUGUGUUGGGGGGGGGGGUGCCGCGGUGGCUUAUGGGGGGUGCCGCGGUGGCUUAUGGGUAAGUUUAGUACCAUACCCAAAAAGGAUAUUCUGUCCCACCCCCCCCCCUCGGUGUUUGGUUUCUCCCCUCCACCCGGAUUACAAAUACAUAUUCCCACCGCAUGUGGCUUUUCUAGAACUUUCCAUUGGUUUUUUGGGGGGGAGUUUCCCCCCUUUUUUAAUUUGGUUACAGACACUACCUGCGAGCGAGUAUUACGGUAAGAGGCGACAUGUAGUAUAAUGAAUAUUGUUAAAUUGCACUUGAAUUUUAUAUGUAACGUUACAAGGGGAGGAAAUAUAUAUAUUUUUUUUUUUGUAUUUUA